AUGUUGCAGAUUUGGGAGUAUCUCUCGAAGACGCCGAAACUCCGGGUUUCACUUUUCGCCGUUCUUCUCUUUCUUGUUGUCUCCCUUGGUGACGCCAGGCUGCGCACACGAAGCGUCAGCACCUCGCAGGAGGAAACGGUAGAAACUUACAACAAAUACUACAAUUAUGUUGACCUGACCGGGCGUUUAAAGUCUUUAGCUGAGAAAUACCCUCGCGUAGCUAACCUGUCGAGCAUAGGUCAGUCUGUUGAGGGCAGAGAGCUCUGGGUGAUGCGGAUCACCAAGGACCCCAACAGUGACACACCGGGGAAACCCAAAUUUAAAUACGUCGGGAACAUGCACGGCGACGAAACUGUGUCCAGGCAGGUGUUGGUGUACCUUGUUGAGUAUCUGCUGACUAAAUAUGGGGAGGAAUCGCGUAUUACUGAGCUGGUGAACACCACGGAUAUUUACAUAAUGCCCAGCAUGAACCCUGACGGCUUUGAGAAGUCCAGAGAGGGCGACUGCAGUGGCGACAAUGGGGGUCGAAAUAAUGCCAAAAAUAUGGACCUCAACAGAAGCUUUCCUGACCAGUACGAUGAGACGCGUGUCAAUCCAGCUGAUAUCCCCGAGGUCAUGGCUAUGAUCAGAUGGAUCCAGGAGAAAAAAUUCGUGCUGUCAGGGAACCUGCAUGGCGGCAGCGUGGUUGCCAGUUACCCUUUUGAUGACUCGGCCUCCCACCAGCGGCAGGGCCACUACAGCCAGUCAGAGGACGACAGCCUGUUUCGCUACUUAGCCCUGGUGUUUUCCCAGAACCACCCUGUGAUGAAGACUGGUGAGCCAAACUGUCCUGAAGCCCUGGAAGAAAUCUUUACAGAUGGCAUCACCAAUGGCGCGCAGUGGUAUGACGUGCCUGGAGGGAUGCAGGACUUCAACUACCUCUAUGGAAACUGUCUGGAAAUCACCAUGGAGCUGAGCUGCUGCAAAUAUCCUCUUGCUUCUGAACUCCAUAAGGAAUGGGAUCUGAACAGGGAAUCCCUACUAGCCUACAUAGAAAAGGUCCGUAUAGGUGUUCGUGGCUAUGUGAAAGACGCCAUCACUGGCACUCCCCUCGCCAAUGUCAGCAUUGUGGUGGCAAGCAUUCGCCACAACCUGACCACAGGAAAAUAUGGGGACUACUACCGCCUUCUACUCCCAGGAACAUACAACAUCACAGCUGUGGCCCCAGGGUACAUAGCAAUGGAAGUCCACAGUGUCCAGGUCCUGGAGGGCAAAGCCACAGAACUUAACUUUACCUUGGCGCCUGUGGUCAAUGAGGCUGCAGGUGGCAUCCCUGUGACUACAUACUCCAUGCCAUCCACCAAUGAUCCAAACCUAUCCACCACCACCAACUCUUCUGACUCCACCCAGACCCGGGUGGUUCCUUCUGAGGACAGCAAGAACAGUCCUCCUUUACUUCCACCUAAACAUCAGCCCAUCCAGCCUCAGGAAUUUCGUCACCACAACUACGCAGACAUGGAAAUGUUCUUGCUCAAGUACAGCAGCGAGUUCCCCUCAAUUGUCCAUCUUUACAAGAUUGGCCGCUCCGUGGAAGACCGUGAGCUCUAUGUGAUGGUCAUCUCAGACAACCCCACUGUCCAUGAGCAUGGUGAGCCAGAGUUUAAGUAUAUAGCCAACAUGCACGGUAAUGAAGUGGUGGGCCGAGAGUUAUUGCUCAACCUCAUCGAGUACCUGUGCCGUAACUAUGGUACUGACCCGGAGGUCACUCAGUUGGUCAACAAUACCCGCAUUCACAUCAUGCCUUCAAUGAACCCUGACGGCUAUGAGGUAGCCACUGAGGGUGAUAUAAAGGGCUACAAAGGGCGCAACAACAGCAACAAUUUUGACCUGAACCGCAACUUCCCAGACCAGUUUAUUACCAUCACAGAGCCCAGACAGCCGGAGACUAUAGCUGUGAUGAACUGGUUGAAGAGCAUUCCCUUCGUCCUGUCAGCCAACCUCCAUGGAGGCUCCUUGGUGGUUAACUACCCCUAUGAUGAUGACAAACAAGGGCUAUCCAGGUACAGCCAGUCACCUGACGACAAAGUCUUUCAGCAGGUGUCUAGAGCCUACUCACAGGAGAAUCCUUUCAUGCACAAUGGACACCCUUGUCAGGACCUGUACCAGGAUGAAUAUUUUGAGGAUGGCAUCACCAAUGGUGCCAAAUGGUACAAUGUUCCUGGUGGCAUGCAGGACUGGAACUACUUAAACACCAACUGUUUUGAGGUGACUAUUGAGCUGGGCUGUGUGAAGUAUCCCAUGGCCAAGGACCUGCCACAAUACUGGGAACAAAACCGACGAGCCUUGCUUCAGUUUAUACACCAGGUUCACAGUGGAGUAAAAGGCACAGUGUCUGACAUGAGGGAUGGCACAGGAAUUCCCAAUGCCACCAUUAGUGUGGAGGACAUAGACCACAACAUCACCACAGCUCAUACUGGAGAUUACUGGAGACUGCUAGUCCCUGGGACUUACUAUAUCACUGCUUCCGCCCAUGGUUAUACACCUAUGAGGACCUACGUCACAGUCCCAAAGGGAAGAGUAGAGGUGCUGGACUUCAGACUGACACGUGUACACUCAGACUCUAAUGGCCAGUCUCCCAAGGGCCCCCAACCCACACAGAACCCAUCUGAGAAGGAGUUCCAGAGCUUGAUCAAGGACCUCUCUCUUGGCCAGGGUUUGGAGCAGUUGGUCAAGAGCACGGCCACAGAGAACAGCUUCCGCUACAGACGCUACAAAGAGCUGUCCGGCUUUAUGAGAAGCCUCACACUUAACUUUCCCCAAAUUACAUCUUUACGCAGUUUGGGCCAAAGUGUGGAGGUUCGAACUAUUUGGGCUCUGGAAAUCUCCAACAAACCAGGAGAAGCUGAACCGUCUGAGCCCAAGAUCCGCUUUGUAGCAGGGAUCCAUGGCAAUGCCCCAGUGGGCACAGAGCUGCUGCUGGAGUUUGCUUUUUUCCUGUGUAUCAACUAUGGCAAGAACCCAGCCAUCACCAGGCUGAUUAAUGAGACCCGGAUUGUCAUCGUGCCUUCCAUCAACCCAGAUGGACGAGAGCAGGCUGUUGAGAAGCAGUGCACCUCCAUCCAGGGCUUGACCAAUGCUCAUGGCAAGGAUCUGGACACAGAUUUCUUUGGUAAUGCGUCGCAGCGUGUGGUGGAGGCCCAACCAGAGACCAGAGCCAUGAUGGACUUGAUUCUAGACAAGGCCUACACUCUGUCUGUAGCCCUCGAUGGAGGCUCCCUUGUAGCUACCUACCCUUAUGACAAGCCUGUCCAGUCCGUUGAAAAUGAGGGCACAUUGAAGUACUUGGCAAGUGUUUAUGCCAACAACCACCCUAAGAUGCACCUCGGGGGCACUGGAUGUUCAAAUAAUGAGCAGAUGGGCAACAUCCCAGAUGGAGUUAUGAGGGCAGCAGAGAGACAAAGUCAUAUGGGGAGCAUGAAGGACUUCAGCAUGGACUUUGGCCACUGUCCAGAGAUCACAGUGUAUAGUGGCUGCUGUUUGUUCCCUCCUGCUGAGCAGCUGACCCCACUCUGGGCUGAGAACAAGAAGGCUCUCCUAAGCAUGUUGGUGGAGGUCCAUAAAGGUGUGCGUGGCGUGGUGAGAGACAAGAGUGGAAAGCCUAUUGUUGGGGCGAUCAUUGUACUGAAUGGGGGAGUGAGGGUCUUUACUUCAGAGGGCGGCUACUUUCAUGCACUGCUGGCUCCUGGCAACCACAACAUUGAAGCUGUUGCUGAUGGCUACCAACAACAACGUCAAGAGGUGGUGGUGUCUUCCUAUGAAGCGGCUGUGUCUAUCAUCAUUGAGUUUGACAUGGACAACAGCAUCUUUGGCCUGCCCAGAGAGUUUGUGGUGGCCAGUGCAGCAGCCUCCAUGACAGCAUUGGUGGUGACGGCGUGCAUCAUCUGGUGUGUGUGUGCAGCCAAGUCUAAUCGUCAAAAAGAUGGCUUCCACCGCCUGCGACAGCACAGAGACGAUUAUGACGAUGAGAUCCGGCUGACCUCCAUGGGCUCCAAGAAGUCGCUGCUUGCUCACGAGUUUCAGGACGAGAGUGAAAGCGAUGAGGAGACACUGUAUGCCAACAAAAUCUGAGAACCAUUGCCCCAAUUUGGCUGCUGGCUCAGUAUUUUAUUUUGAUCCCCCCCCCUUAAAUUUAACCCACAAGGAACAUGUUGAGCUCUAGAACUCUGUCUCAUUAUGAUCGAGAUAUGAGUGAUAAAGACGCUUUCUUCUGUUAUACCAACAAGCUCUAAGGACUCACUCCCAGUCACUCAGUUAUUAGUGCUACUAAAUUAUUACUUUAAGAGCAUCCUGCUGGUGUCUGGACUGAAGGGCUCGCUCCAUCUCUACCUGACCGGAUCAGGAGAAAAUGACAAAGAAGGUGAUACAUGAGGGAAGGUUUGGUCCACGGUGGCCCUCAUCCGUCCUUUAUAGCAGGUUUUGAGUUCUGCAGCUUUUUCUUUUUCGAGCCACGCAAGAGUGCUCUUUCAGACCACUGCCUGUCCUGCCUGGCUGAGGGGUUCCAGUCGAUAAAUCAAAAUAAACUCUUGUUUAAUGGAUGUGUGAAGAACUCUGGAUGGAAGUGCUUAAUCUUACAUAGUCUCCCCGCUUAUAUCAUGCAUUUCUUUCUAUACCGCUUUGAGCUAAGGAAUUAGAAAUGUCUUUUAUUCAAGACAGCAUUGCCACAUUGAAGUGUCUCAGCCUUUGGGAGACUGAAUCCAACACUGUGCCUUGUCUUCUGUAAAGUUUACAGUCUAGUCGGGCUGUAGUAUGUGACAGGAAGCAGCAACAUAGUGAAUAGAUAGUAUUCGAUCCAUCCUAUACUCAGGUGGUAGGGAAAGAGAGAAAUCCUAAAUAAAGGACUGCUGAAUUCCAACGGUGCACUGUUUCUGCAUAGGUGACUCGAGGCUGGCCAGCCUGGUUUCAGUAGUUUUUGUAUUUUUCCAGUGAGGCAAUGUUGUGGCUAGAAUCAUAAGAGCGAGCUUCUCAAAAGCUUUAAAGCAUCAGGGAGAAUCUGUUACCAAUGAAAUGCUUGAAUGAUACCCUUCCCAGUAAGUGCAGGGUGCUCUAAUGUGUAUGUCUGCAGGCCACUUGCACUAAAUGGAAAGCAAGGAUUGUCCCAUAUCAUUGGCCGAGCAAAUAAACAAAUUAUAAAUAUACAAUCAUAAAAAAAGAAUGUAUUUGUUUUCCAUUUUGUUUUAACUAUAGGUUGUAAGUCAAUUUCAAACUUGUCUGUACAUGGAAAGUUGAGUCUUUUUCCCCUAUUUUUGGAUGAUGUUAUCAAUUCUGUUUUCAUUUGAAUGUGUUAGUGUUUAUUCCUCCACUAAACAAUACUUUGGAGUGCAAAAGUCAUAAUAGGUUUGUCCGUCCAUUAAUUAUCACUGUCUGCGAAUCAACGUCAGAGCCACCCAUACCACACGAUUUUAAAGGUCCAGUGCAAAGAAAAUUCACACUUAUUGUAAAACAAAGGGCAUAGAUCAUCAUCCAUUCGACUGUGAGAUGUGGUUGAAAGCUGCAAAAAUGAGUUGAGACUUUUGUCACACAACAGUUUAAAGCUACUCCGUACCAUAAGUACCAUUGUUAUGAGAGGUGAGAAGAAGAGGCUACUGACAGAUCGCCUUAUUGGCAUCAAAGUACAUCGUAAGCUGGUGCCAAAUAAUGCAGUAAUUUACCAUUUCUUUCAUAUAUUAAAAAAAGCUCAGUCAUUGGAUGACAACAUUUGAGUGGGGUUCAUGGCAAAUCUAUAAGCAGGUUGGACGAGUGGAGAGUUAUGAAGACGAAAAAGCGAGACCUCUGUGUUGACAAUCCUGUGCUAAAAUGUCCAACGUGGCAUAGCAUUUAACUUAAAGCAUCUUCUAGCGAAUCAGGUGAAAUGCCAAAAAACAAACUUGUGGUUUUCUUUACAUUUGAUGCACUGGGUCAUUAAAAUCAGGUGGCUCUUAUUUUGGGAAUGCCAUGCAACACUUUUUUUUAAGGGAUACACACUUAUUCACUAAAUAAUCUGUUUUGAUUUCCAGUUACUUUGAGAAGAGAUUAAUUUCAUCUUUUAACAAAUGCAGCUGUCAGUAAAUUUAAACCUGAUCUGUAUAGAGAGACAGUUUUGUAUAUUUUUCUUUCUUAUACUGUGUGAAUGCGUGUGUAUGAAUUUUGAAGUCAGGGCCAGUGUUGGUGUGAAGUUUUUAUAUAAACUAGAAUCAGCUGUAAAUAAUGUUUGCCAAUUGUAAAUGGGAAAAUAAAUUCAAUUUAUGUUAACCAUGAAUCUACACACACCACAUUUAAUAAAAAACCUCUGAUCAUGACAUGCUAAGAUGCACAAAAACUCAUGAAGCACAAUGAAAAUAAAACCUCUCACGUCUCUCUUG